UUGAAUGGGGCGCCGCGAAGCUCGGCGGCUUUGUGCAGCGAGCCCGCGGGCACCCCUCCCGCGCCAGCCUCGCCCGCCCCGCCCACCGCGACCCCUGCUGCCGGGGAGCGGAGACCCGGCGGCCGCUCGGGACUCGGGCGAGAGCGACGCAAGGUCAGCGGCGGCGGCGCGCCGAGGGCGCCCGUGUGCCGGUGCGCGGCGGGACGCCCGCCAGCUCGCGGAAGGGCUCCCUGGAAUAUCCCAAAGCCGAUUCCAUCAUGGCAGAACUCAAGGUGGAGACUCAGGCCAGUGUAGACUGGCAGAAACGCUGCUUGGCCCUGGAAACACAGCUUUUCCGGUUCCGCCUCCAGGCCAGCAAGAUAAGGGAGCUGCUGGCUGACAAGAUGCAGGAUCUGGAGCAGAGGCUGCUGGAGGCCGAGCAGAGAGCAGAGAACGCCGAGACCCAGGUGGGUGUCAUGGAAGAGAAGGUAAGACUGUCCAGUCUGCAGAGCAUGGACUCAGCAGGCAGCCUGCAUCGGAAAUACCAAGUGCUGCUGAAAGCUGUGCAGGGCAAGAAUGAGCUCAUCAGCCAGCUGGAGGCCCAGCUGGAGGAGCAGAAGCAGAUGAGAGCUGAGGAAGCAAAAAUUGUUCAAGAAAAAGCUGCCAAGAUCAAGGAAUGGGUGACAUUAAAGUUAGCAGAGCUUGAGACAGAGAACCAGCACCUGAAAAGCUGUAAUCAGCACCUGGUGGAACAGGUGGGAGCCCUUCAGGAUGCGCUAGUAGCUCUUCAGAUGGCUCCUUCGGGGAAGCUGCUGGUGGCCCCCCAGGGAGCCCCAGAGCAGGAUUCUGUUUCUUCAGGGCCAGUACCGCAGACUACAGGCAAGGACAGUGGUCCCCAGGCCCAGGGUCUGAAGAUGGCUGUGCCUGUACCUUCUCCAGGUGCCCUGCGGAGCAAGGACUCUGUUUCUGAAGCAGGAAGCCCCUUGGAGGAUUCCAGUUCCAGUGUGGUUCGCUCUGGGGAAACAGCAGAGGGCAAGACCCUUCAACCUCAUUUGGAAACAGAGGGCUCUCCUCACCGGCUGUGUGCGAAGCCUCGUAUCCCCAGAUGUGGUUCAGCUUCUUGGAGUGAGGGCCUGGUCACCGCUCAGGGAGGGAUGCCCCCUGGGAUAAAGACCUGCGCUAGGGAAGGUGUCCCUGGCAGCAGCCUGACCCUGCCAAAGGUGCGGGCUCCUGGCACGCCCCGGGACAGCAUCCAGGUGGCCAAAAGGCACCACAGCCAGCCCCAGGUGGGCCCCGGGCACUUUGACCACGUGGUGAGCAUUGAGAUUGGGGCCUUCUCAGCUCUCCACUCCUCUGGCCUUCGAGCGCUGGAGGCCCGAGCUGAGUUUCUGGAAGAGCCAGAGCAGAUGGAGAUGGAGGAACCGCCCCUGGCAAGGAAGAAGGAGGAAAGAGAGAGCCGGAAGGCCCCCGGAGCUGAGCUGGAGGAGGUGGAGCUGGGGAAAAAACCGCCCACACCCCCCCUGCACCGGUUUCCAUCCUGGGAGAGCCGGAUCUACGCCGUGGCCACAUCGGGCAUGCAGCUCUCAGAUGUGUCUCCCAAAAGUAUUGCUGCCUACUGUGCUUCAAGCCCUCCUGCCCUUGCAUCCCCUGGGCCUUUCUCUGGUCUCAUCUACAAGAAUGUCACCGUGCCUGUCUACACAGCACUGAAGGGGAGAGCCACCCAGAUCAGCACGGUGCCCCUUGUGGAUGAGUCCUCCGGGUCCGAUGAUGACUGCAGCUCUCAGGCGAGUUUCCGGACCUCGUUUCCCUGCUCUGAGUCCAGGAAGACCAGUGGACUAGGCAGCCCUCGAGCCAUCAAGAGAGGUGUCUCCAUGUCCUCGCUGAGCUCAGAGGGGGACUACGCCAUCCCCCCAGACGCCUGCUCGCUGGACAGCGACUACUCAGAGCCUGAGCACAAACUGCAGCGCACCUCGUCCUACUCCACCGACGGACUGGGCCUAGGAGGGGAGUCACUGGAGAAGUCAGGCUACCUGCUGAAAAUGGGGAGCCGGGUGAAGACAUGGAAGAGGCGCUGGUUCGUCCUGAGACAGGGACAGAUUAUGUACUACAAGUCCCCGAGUGAUGUCAUCCGGAAACCUCAAGGUCAAGUGGAUCUGAACUCCCGUUGCCAAAUUGUUCGAGGGGAGGGUGCCCAGACAUUCCAGCUCAUCUCUGAGAAGAAAACCUACUACCUGACGGCUGAUUCACCCAGCCUGCUGGAGGAGUGGGUCCGGGUGCUUCAGAGCCUGCUGAAGGUGCAGACCACUGGGCCUCCAGCCCUGCCUCGGGGUGGCACCAAGCCCACAGUCAAAGGCUGGCUGACCAAGGUAAAGCAUGGCCACUCCAAGCUGGUCUGGUGUGCUCUCAUCGGGAAAACUUUCUACUACUAUCGGAGCCAUGAGGACAAGCGACCCCUGGGCCGUCUGCCUGUGCGGGACGCGCGCAUAGCGGAAGUAGAUCGAUCCUGUGACUCAGACGAGGACUAUGAGGCUGGAGGAACUGGCCGGCUGCUUUCCUCCCACUGCACCCUGGUGAUCCACCCUCCAGAGCACAGCCCCACCUACCUCCUCAUCGGCACAAAGCAUGAAAAGGAUACGUGGCUUUACCACCUCACAGUGGCUGCAGGUGGCAGCAGUGCCAAGGUGGGCACUGCCUAUGAGCAGCUCAUUGGAAAACUGAUGGAUGGUGAGGGAGACCCAGAUUCCCCCCUCUGGAGGCACCCCACGCUGUGCUACAGCAAAGACGGGCUGUACACCUCCCUCACCACCCUGCCCUCCGAGGCCCUGCAGACGGAGGCCCUCAAGCUCUUCAAGUCCUGCCAGCUCUUCAUCAACGUGCCUGUGGAAGCCGCCUCAGUGGACUACCACGUGUCCCUGGCCCAGACGGCGCUGCAGGUCUGCCUGGUUCACCCCGAGCUGCAGAGCGAGAUCUACUGCCAGCUCAUGAAGCAGACCAGCUGCCGCCCACCUCAGAAGUAUUCCCUCAUGCAGUGCUGGCAACUUCUGGCUCUGUGUGCCCCACUUUUCCUGCCUCAGCAUCACGUCCUCUGGUAUGUCAAACAGCAGCUCCAACGCCAUGCAGAUCCCAGAAAUGAAACUGGCCAGUAUGCCACCUACUGCCAGCGAGCAGUGGAGCGGACCCUGCAGACUGGGGAGCGGGAAGCCAGGCCAUCACGCAUGGAAGUGGUGUCCAUCUUGCUGCGCAACCCCUUCCACCACUCCUUGCCCUUCAGCAUCCCCGUGCACUUUGCCAACGGGACUUACCAGGUGGUUGGUUUUGACGGCUCCUCCACAGUUGAUGAGUUCCUCCAGCAGCUGAACCAGGAAACAGGCAUGAGAAAGUCAUCCCACUCUGGCUUUGCCCUCUUCACAGAUGAUCCUUUCGGCAGGGACCUGGAACACUGCCUGCAGGGGAGUGUCAAGAUCUGUGAUGCCAUCUCCAAGUGGGAACAAGCCCUGAAGGAGCUGCAUGCUGGAAAGUCUGAGGGUGGGACACGCGUCGUGAAGCUGAUAUACAAGAACAGGCUGUACUUUCGCAGUCAAGUCAAAGGGGAGACGGACAGAGAGCGGCUGCUCCUUGCCUCCCAAGCUAGUGGAGAGAUAGUGGCAGGGAGGUUUCCUGUCAACAAGGAACUGGCCCUCGAGAUGGCUGCUCUGAUGGCCCAGGUAGAAUAUGGGGACUUGGAGAAGCCUGUCCUGCCAGGCCAUGGGGGCACACCCCCUGCCAAAGCACAGCAUCUCCUCCAGCAGGUCCUAGACAGGUUCUACCCAAGGCGCUACAGACACGGGGCUCCCCCAGAACAGCUGAGGCACCUGGCAGACAUGCUGACCACAAAGUGGGCAGCGCUGCAAGGCUGCUCCCCUCCUGAGUGCAUCCGCAUCUACCUGACCGUGGCCCGGAAAUGGCCUUUCUUUGGUGCUAAGCUCUUUGCUGCUCAGCCGGCCCAGGUGUCUUCCAAGGAAAACACUCUGCUUUGGAUUGCGGUGAAUGAGGAUGGUGUCAGCAUCCUGGACCAUAACACCAUGCAAGUGCAUGUCACUUACCCCUACUCUUCAGUGAUGACCUUUGGUGGCUGCAGGGAUGACUUCAUGCUUGUGAUUAAGUCCAUUCCAGACCGAAGCUCUGGAAAAGGCCAGAUUGAGAAGUUGAUCUUCCGGAUGGCUGCUCCCAAGAUUGCGGAAGCUACCUUCAUCAUGGCCAGCUACAUGAACCAUUGCUCGGCAAAUGUGAACCCAUCCACCAACCCGCCAGCAGCCCGUCAGCUGUGGGACCUGGAUGGACGACAGUUCUUUGCCUCUGUUCCCCAUGCUACCAAGGGGCCAACGUUGCUGUGAAUAUUUCUCCUACCCCUUUCCCCACCACCACUGGUGCCUCUGGGAUUAGAGAUAUAUAUCCUGGGGUGUGAUACUACUGUGAUGGGUCUAACAGCCCCCCUCCCGUUUGUUCUGUGGAAUAUGUAUCUCAUUGUCUGUGAAACCUUUAUUCUCUACAUGCCUUAUAAUGUUUCAGGGCCCAACUUUUAAAAAUCCAGACCCAAUGUAAAAACCACUUACUCUUCAUAAGAAUAAUGACUCUGGAUGCUACCUGAUUCUAGACAUAGACAGGGAUAGUCUACUGUUACUGAGAGCAUCAGUGAAAGUUGGGGCUUUCUGCACUGAUACUCUCAAGGAAGCUAAUAUUUUUGUAUAGUAUAUGGUCCUUAUGGAGAUUUAUACUUGAAGUUUUCCAAACAUCCUUGAACAGAAUAGGACUAAAAUUUCUAAUUCACCUGGACGCUUGACAAAAGCCUAGAACUCACUAAAACCGGCCUUCCUUUUCCAAAUAGGAAAGGUGUUAGCAGGGAUGGAGAAAAAGGAAUAGACUCACUUUUCCCCUUUAUUGGUGAGUAGGCAUUUGUAGUGCCCCUUCUGGGGCAGCAGCUCCUAUCCUUGCAGGGCAACACACUAUCCCUGCUAAGAUAGAAGCUCUUUUCCCUCACACUGCCCUAUAAGCCAAACCCACUACUAAUAUCCAAACAAGGGCAGUGGGAGGUCUGAUCUGACCUCUCCCUGUCUCCUUUUAAUAACUGGACAGGGCUCAGCAAAGGCUGUGCUCACUACUGUAGGACAUGGUAGUCAUCAUUUGUUUCCCCUUCUUUGGAAAACCAAGCAAAUGCACUCUGCUUUUUGCUGCUGUCAGACCAACUAAGAUGAGUCAAGAACACAGAAGAUACCCCAGGCUCGUAGGCCUGGAUGUUCUCCUAUGGACUUCUGACGAACUUUUGCUAGGAAUUAGUUUGAGGGCAAAGAGUACAUAAUGUGAUAUAAUAUAUGUCCUAGCCUAAGAGCAUUAGGUAAAAGAAAUAAAGUUUCUUUUACCUUUUGCCUUCCUAAUAACACCACAAUCCCCCUCAGACCUUCUGAUUGAAUACAGAGGAAAUGAUCUUUGUCUAUACCCUCCCCAAACAGAAAAAAACAAAAGAGUUCAUACUCUGAUUUUCCAACAUCUGAGAAACUGAGUUUUAUUUCAUAACUCUAAGGCAGCCUUACCAUUUGUUAAAAAGUAAUGAAAACUGUAUGGGUUUAGCAGUAGCACCCAAAAACCAAGCCUUUAACCUCAACAAUGUGUGUAUGUUACGCGCUGCAAAAACUACAAGGCUGAAACUAGUUACCUAAAAACACCUUAGCUGCUGUAAGCCUCUCCUCACUCACCCUUUAAAACUUGAUAAGCAUGAUGGAAAAAAGCACAUCAGAGUCUCUGCCUUUUAAAAAUUAACUUGACUUUGCAAGUCUGGCAGUUUUACAGUCAUUUCUGUUCCCAUCUUUCACCCCAGGAUUUGGGGGUCUAGCUAGACAUUUCUACCUCGACCAAGUCACAUGGACCAUGGGCUCCUAGAUAACUCCUGCAGUGCUAGUGUAAAAGAGAUUACAGCUCUGGUUUGUAAUAUCUUGAGUCUCUAAGGCCAAUAUGGAUAAUAAUAUCUCCACAGGGAGUUUAAAAGAAAGAGUAAGCAAGAAUGGAGUGGUGCUCAUACCAAAUUUGGGGGUCAAAUAUUUUCCCUAUUCUCUUUCCCAACCCUUCAGGAAUCUUCCCUUAGUUUAUUAAUUUUAUACAGAAGAAACUGCCUUAGAAACAAAGGCUUUUAUAGUUUAUUUAUUUAUCCUUCUUUAACAUGGAAGUCCCAUGUCUGAAAACCAAAGUUAAUCUGUCUGGCCUUUUGUCUCAUCCCUCUUGGCAAAGCAGCUUUUGAAACAAUAGAAAAUGCUGAUUAACAGAAAGGUAUUAAUGUGCCUGAACCCAUGACUGAAAUGCCAUGAUCUUGUUUGUCAAUAAAAAGCACCUGUGAACCAGGUAAUUA